AUGAGGAUGCGGGCUGCCCUCGUGGGCUGGGCUUGCACCACCCUCUGCCUGGUUUCCUGCUCAUCUGCCUUUUCCCAUGGUGCCAGCACGGUGGCCUGUGAGGACAUGCAGCCCAAGCACAUUCAAGCCCAGCCUCAGCACCAGGACACCCACCACAUCACCAUCCACACCCGCAGGUCUUCCUAUGCACCAGGUGACAAGAUUCCAGGUAUGUACCGGAGAGGCUUUGAGAGACUCCGAGGAGCCCCAGAGCCCCCAUGGAUCUUCCGGUUUGUGUUUGUCCCGGCUCGAAGAGUGUCUGAUCAUCAAAUCGCUGGGACUUUUGUUUUCAUUCCUCCUCAUUCCAAACUGAUGACUUGUUUUCAAGAGGCUGAUGCAGUCACCCAUUCUGACAAGUCCCUGAAGAGAAACCUGUCGUUCCUGUGGAAGGCCCCUGCCCAGCCUGUGGGGGAUAUUAAGUUCCUUUUAUCAGUAGUCCAGUCAUAUUUCGUUUACUGGGCAAGGAUCGAAUCAUCUGUUGUGUCCCAACAGACACAUAGCAGCGCCCAUUCUGAUGACCGCAUGGAGCCCAGAUUACUGAUGCCAACCCUUCACCAGAGGCUGGGUGAUGUUGAAGGAGCUGCCCCAGCUCCCAGGGCCCCCAUCACUCUUCCACAGAAGCACACACAUGCCUUUGCUGUUGCCCUUCCUGGAGCUGCAGAGGAGGACAACCUAGAUCCUGUUCCUGCCAGUAUUUGGGUGACAAAGUUUCCUGCGGAUGCAGAGACUCUGUCCCAACCAUCUUCACACACAGCCACUGAAGGCAGCAUCGACCAGCAACUCAGCAUGGACAGCAAUCCGACUCUAGAGCCGUCCCUGGAGGUCCACAGGCUGGAGAGGCUCGUGGCCCUCAAGAGAGUCUCCUCAGAGAGCUUUGCUUCCAGACUUAGCAUCCAUCACAGAUCUCAGGAUGUUCCCAGCUUUGAUUCACUGGAAACUUGCCUAUCCUCAGUUGGGGGUGAACAGGACAAGAUGAAGGCCUCUAACAGGACCGUGACACAGCCUCCUCUGUACACCGUCCAGCUUACCCAUCCCCGGCGCCUCUGGUCCUCUGAAACUUUCACAGGGAAUGGGGCAGGGGCAAGCAACCCAACCGCUGUCCUCCAGACCUCUGGUACUUCUGGGCUACCUGCUACUGGUGACCAGUCAGAGGCAUCCAGGGCCUCUGCCAGCUUCUUACUUCAGUCAAAGCACGAGGAGCUCAGAGCAGGGAAGGGAGAUGGAGAGGGUGGAGUGGGAUACCCUCAGCAGACCAACUCACGGCCUGACGCUGGGCUAGAGGGGGCCCAGGCCCCUCUGGGGAUCCAGCUCAGAACUCCCCAGCUGGGAGUUCUGCUUUGCCUGUCAGCCAUCCUGGGCAUGGCCCUGGUUGCUGGCCUUCGCUACCUGCACACCCAGUAUUGCCACCAGCAGACAGAAGUGUCCUUCGGCGAGCCCGCUUCAGAUGCUGUUGCCGGGAGCGACAGUGGUGAGACUGUGCACAUCAGGAAGAUUGGGGAGAACAGUUUUGUUUUGGUUCAAGCAGAGUACAACUGGAUCACUCCUUCUGUGGGUAGCAAGAAAACAGUCCUCUGA